GCUGCUAACUUGACAGCCAGCGGUCGUGUCUCUGAAUGAGAGGAAGAAGAGCAGAACCAGGCGGACAAACCAAGCCCAAUAACUUACCGAACAAACAGAAAUAUCAUUUUUUUGGGAAACAUUUGGACUUUUGGAAGCAGUUUACACCGCCGGAACCGGAGCAGAAAUGUCGACAAAGUGAGAGUAGCGCUUCAGGACGGCGGUUAGGUUAUGUGUGGAGCAACAGGCAGUGAGACGGCUGACAGAGGACCAGCAGACGGAGGGAAAGUCCUCGCUCUUCCCACUGAAGGCUGCAGCCAUGUUUUCACCUGGCCAGGAAAACAUCUCCGCCAAGGGGCCGGUGAAAUACGGCGAACUCAUCGUGCUCGGGUGCAACGGCUCCCUGCCCAACGGAGACAAAGGGAGGCGGAGAAGCCGCUUCGCUUUGUGUCGCAGGGUGAAGGCCAAUGGCGUUAAGCCCAGCACGGUUCACACGUCCUGCACGCCGCAGGCCGCCAAGGCUAUAAGCAACAAGGACCAGCACAGCAUCUCGUACACUCUGUCCCGCUCACAGACGGUGGUGGUGGAGUACACCCACGACAGCAGCACCGACAUGUUCCAGAUCGGCCGUUCGACAGAGAAUCCCAUCGACUUCGUGGUGACAGACACGCUGCCCGGCGGCCAGAACCUCGCCGACGGCCACGCGCUCCAGAGCACCAUCUCCCGCUUCGCCUGCCGCAUCAUCUGCCAGAGGAACCCGCCUUACACCGCCCGGAUCUACGCCGCCGGCUUCGACUCCUCUAAGAACAUCUUCCUGGGGGAAAAGGCGGCUAAGUGGAGGAUGCAGGAUGGCCAGAUGGACGGUUUGACCACCAACGGCGUUCUGGUGAUGCACCCGCGCCACGGCUUCACCCAGGACUCCAGACCCGGCCUGUGGAGGGAAAUCUCUGUGUGUGGCAACGUCUUCACCCUGAGGGAGACCCGAUCAGCCCAGCAGCGGGGCAAGAUGGUGGACUCGGAGUCUCAGGAGCUGGUGGACGGCUCGCUCAUCGACCUGUGCGGCGCCACGCUGCUGUGGCGGACGGCGGAGGGCCUGGCGCGCGCUCCCACCGUCAAACACCUGGAGGCGCUGCGGCAGGAGCUGAACGCCGGGCGGCCGCAGUGCCCGGUGGGCUUCAACACGCUGGCCUUCCCCAGCCUGCGCCGCAAGGACGUCGUGGACGAGAAGCAGCCCUGGGCCUACCUGCGCUGCGGCCACGUGCACGGCUACCACGGCUGGGGGGGGCGGCACGGCGGCGAGGCGGCGGACGGUCAGGAGCGAGAGUGCCCCAUGUGCCGGGCUCGGGGCCCCUACGUGCCGCUGUGGCUGGGCUGCGAGGCCGGCCUGUACGUGGACGCGGCGGCGCCCACGCACGCCUUGGUGCCCUGCGGCCACGUGUGCUCGGAAAAGACGGCGGCGUUCUGGAGCCAGAUCCCUCUGCCGCACGGUACGCACACUUUCCACGCCGCCUGCCCCUUCUGUCUGCAGCCGCUGGACGGAGACGCCGCCGUGGUCAGACUCAUCUUCCAGAGCCCGCUGGACUAGACGACAGGAGCGGCUCUUUACUGUUUUUAUUCGGCGCCCUGACUCGGCGAGCGGCGGGCAGCAGUUAGACCAGCCUCUCAGUUCUCUGAUCUGACGUCAGCCUUUCAUUACAUAUCAGAUCUCAGUGUCGUUGCCUCUCAUGUGACCAAUAUUUCUCCUGACCACUGAAACAGAAAACCAGCCUGCUGCCACUUACACGCGUGUUCAGUUAUUUUUUGGUAACCAGUUCUUCAUUUAAAGUCGGAGAUGUGAGAGGCUGAAACGCUCUGACAACAAGACAGCUGUCAGGCAAACACAGAAUAAGCAAGUAAUAAUAUACAUGGAGUAUUUUUUAAUAUAUGUUUUUAGCAUUUAAAUGGAAUAAGUUAUGUCACACAAAAUAUUGGCAAUUAGCAGCUUUGGUACUAAAGAUUUCAAAAACGCUGUAUCUACCACAAAAUUAAAAAAAAAAAAAAAAAAAAUUCUUGGUUGAUCCACAGAUUUUUUUUUUUUUUUUUUUUUUUUUGUAAACCAAGUGGCCUUCCUCAGCCCUGCUGUUGCUUGUUUGAGCACAGCGUAACUGUAUUUUCAGGAUCUUAAUGCAAAACGUGUGCGCUAACAGAACACCAAGAAGUCUGGGAAACCUUUCAACUGCUGAUUGUGACUUGGAAUAGAUGUAGGAUCUAUAUUUGUGUGCUAAUGUUUGUAGUAUUUUUCAAUAAAAAAAAAAAAAAGUAUAAUAGAAACAUGAAUCUCUUUAGGCUUUAAAUCCA